CUCUCUCUCUCUCUCUCUCAUAUCUCUCCACAAUUCAUUCCCUCUCUCCCUAGAAAAAGUCCUCUCUCUCUCUCAAAAUCUCUCCCUGAAUAUAAUCUCUCUCUCCACAAAUAUUACUACAUGUCCUAUCUUCCAAAAGUACAUAUCACCCAUCAUAAACUAUUACAUAAUAAUCUGACAGUUACAACAUUCAUCCUUGUAAUAAUAAAUUUCACAAAACAAAAGCCCUAUCACACCAUUAUCAUCAUCACCAUCAUCCCUUCUCUUUCUUUCUCACGACCCCAUCUCUGUCUCUUCCAUUUCGCCAGCUUUUUCAAUGCAUCCCCACAAAUUUACUCAUAAAAAAUUUAAUAUAAUAUCACAGCCAAGCGAUCUCUUGAUAUAAAGCUGUUACUUAUUUGGAAAUUCUACAACUGGGAAGUCAGAAAGGUUUUUUCCUCCUUUUUUUAUCUUGAGAGUGACGGUAAUAAGAUCAGAAUCUACAUAAUGUCUAGCUCGAGAAAAGCUUUGGAACCUGCAUUUCAGGGUGCAGGGCAGAAACCAGGAACUGAGAUAUGGAGAAUUGAGAAUUUUGUGCCAGUAGCAUUGCCCAAAUCUGAUUAUGGCCGAUUCUAUUCAGGGGAUUCGUAUAUAGUCCUGCAGACAAGUCCAGGUAGGGGAGGUGCUUAUUUGUUUGACAUACACUUCUGGCUAGGAAAAGAUACAAGCCAGGAUGAAGCUGGAACAGCAGCUAUAAAGACUGUAGAGCUUGAUGAAAUGCUUGGUGGGCGUGCAGUGCAGCACAGGGAACUACAAGGUCACGAGUCGGAUAAAUUUUUAUCGUACUUCAAACCAUGUAUUAUACCACUAGAAGGGGGUGUUGCAUCAGGAUUUAAGAAACCUGAAGAGGAAGAGUUUGAGACAAGAUUAUACGUCUGUAAAGGAAAACGAGCUGUUAGAUUGAAGCAGGUCCCCUUUGCUCGGACUUCGUUGAAUCAUGAUGAUGUCUUCAUACUGGACACUGAAGAUAAAAUUUUUCAAUUCAAUGGCUCAAACUCCAAUAUUCAGGAAAGGGCCAAAGCAUUAGAAGUGAUUCAGGUUUUAAAAGAAAAGUAUCAUGAGGGAACGUGUAAUGUCGCUAUUGUUGAUGACGGAAAGCUAAAAACCGAGUCAGAUUCUGGUGAAUUCUGGGUCCUAUUUGGUGGCUUUGCUCCACUUGGUAAAAGAGUUACCAGUGAAGACGAUGUUGUUCCUGAGAGAAAGGCUCCUGAACUAUACAGCAUUGUUGGUGGUCAAGUCAAUGCUGUAGCUGGUGAACUGUCCAAAUCUUCAUUAGCAAAUAACAAAUGUUUUCUGUUAGAUUGUGGUGCUGAAGUAUUCGUGUGGAUUGGUCGGUUAACAAAAUUAGAAGAUAGAAAAGCUGCUGUAAAAUCCGCUGAGGAUUUUAUUGCUAGUCAAAAUAGACCAAAGUCAACAUAUGUAGCCCGUCUUAUUCAAGGACACGAGACAACUGCAUUCAAGGCCAAAUUUGAUUCAUGGCCUUCAGGCUCGGCACCCUCUGCUCCCGAGGAAGGUAGAGGAAGAGUUGCAGCUUUUCUCAAGAAACAGGGUGUUGCCUUAAAAGGAUCUUCAAAGAGCGCUUCUGUUAAGAGUGCCCCCGUUAACGAGGAAAUCCCACCUUUGCUUGAAGGAGAUGGAAAAACUGAGGUGUGGCACAUUGAAGGAAGUGAUAAAACUCCAGUGCCAAAAGAAGACAUAGGUAAAUUUUAUGGUGGAGAUUGCUACAUUGUUCUCUACACUUAUAAUCAUCAGCAACAUCAACAUGACAAGAAAGAAGAUUACUACUUAUGCUACUGGAUUGGGAAGGAUAGUGUCGAGGAAGACCAAAAGAAUGCAGCUCAAUUAACUGGCACCAUGUCUAGAUCACUGAAGGGACGACCUGUGCAGGGUCGUAUUUAUCAAGGGAAAGAACCACCACAGUUUCUUGCCAUCUUUCAGCAGAUGGUUGUCCUUAAGGGAGGAAUAAGUUCUGGCUACAAAAAUUAUAUUGCCGAGAAAGGGUUGAAAGAUGAAACUUACAGUGGUGACUGUGUUGCACUGAUUCAAAUAUUGGGGACCGCUGUGCAUCAGAAAAAAGCUGUGCAAGUUGACGCGGUGGCCACCUCCAUGAACACUAAUCAUUGUUUUAUUCUGCAAUCUGGCUCGACUAUGACCAUCUGGAAAGGAAGUAAGAGCACACCAGAGCAACAACAGCUAGCCAUCAAAGUUGCAAGCUUCUUGAAGCCUGGUGCAGAUAAGAAAAAUUCUAAAGAAGGAACUGAACACUCAUCAUUCUGGUCUGCUCUUGGAGGACGAAAGAGUUACACCAGCGAAAAAGAGUCUUCGGACUUCACUCGAGAUCCCCACUUGUUCACAUUCUCAAUUGAUGAAGGAAAAUUAGAGGUAAGAGAAGUCUACAAUUUUUCUCAAGAUGACUUGUUGACUGAGGAUGUAAUGAUACUCGAUUCACAUGCUGAGGUGUUUGUCUGGGUUGGUCAGCGCGCAGAUUCCAAAGAAAAGCAAAAUUCGCUUGAAAACGGUCAGAUAUACAUUGAUAUGGCUGUAUCUUUGGAUGAGUUGUCCCCACAUGUUCCAUUUUACAAAGUUACGGAAGGAAAUGAACCAUGCUUCUUCACGUCAUUCUUUUCAUGGGAUCCUUCUAAAGCCAAUGCUCAUGGAAAUUCAUUUCAAAGGAAAGCUAUGCUACUCUUUGGGACUGGUCCUGAUGCAGAGACAAAUGACGGGGUACAUACUCAACGAGCUGCAGCUUUGGCUGCUUUGAACUCGGCAUUUAAUUCAACUUCUGAGACUAGUCAGGCUACCGAGACAAGUGAAGGAGGACAUAGUGAAGGAGGACAUACUCAAAGAGCUGCUGCUUUGGCUGCUUUGAACUCGGCAUUUAGUUCUUCUUCUGAGACUAGUCAUGCUACUGAGAACAAAUCAAAUGAGACAAAUCAAGGAGGACAUACUCAAAGAGCUGCGGCUUUGGCGGCACUGAAUGCUGCAUUUAGUUCAUCUUCUGGGACUAGUCAGGAUAAAUCAAAAGUGACGAGUGGAGGAGGACAUACUCAAAGAGCCGCGGCUUUGGCUGCUUUGAACUCUGCAUUUAGUUCAUCAUCUGAGCCUAAACGGGCUCCUUCUCCAAAGCCAGCAGGAGCCAGUUCGGGAUCACAAAGAGCGGCUGCAGUAGCUGCCUUGUCUUUUGUUUUUAGGGCCAAGAAUAAGGUUUCACCUCCAAUAUCUCCGCGUCAAUCCAGUAGAAAUACACCCACAGAACCAGUGAUCUCUGGAAGUAGUGAGAACUUACCCGAAGUUGAGGAUCCUACAGAAACUCAUACUCCUACUGAAACUCAAGUUGAGGAGGCUGAGACUGUUGAGCCUGUGAAAGAGAGUAAUGAGGAGUCAGAACCAAAACCAGAGCCCGUGUCAGAGAGUAACGAAGAGACAGAAUCAAAACCAGAGCCUGUCUCAGAGAGUACUGAGGAGUCAGAACCAAAACCAGAACCCGUCUUAGAGAGUACUGAGGAGUCGGAACCAAAACCAGAAGCAGAGCAAGAUGAGGAGAAUGGUAGUGAGAGUGAAAAUACAUAUAGUUAUGACCGGUUGAAAUCUAAUUCUGAUAAUCCAGUCACUGGAAUUGAUUUAAAACGAAGAGAGGCUUAUCUUUCUGACGAGGAAUUCGAAACCAUAUUUGGGAUGUCGAAAGAAGCAUUCUCUAAGUUUCCUAGGUGGAAACAAGACAUGUUAAAGAAAAAACAUGAUCUCUUCUAGCAUGGAUGCCAGUUUCUUUUCCCACAUUUCUAAUGUGCAUCAUUUUAAUUGCUGUUAUGAGGAAAUUGUUGCAUGGUGCUCCAGUUUCUUCUAGUUGCUUGUGUUUCAAGUAUGUCCAGAGUGUUUUCCCUUCCUUUUCAGUUGUGCAUUUUUUUUGACAGUAGAUCGUAGGUAUAAGAUAUAAAUAGGCCAAUUCUUUAGUAUAAAUUGAGAAUGUAUGAUUUUAUGAAUUUAUUAUUUUUUAUUUUUUAGAAACAAGGAAAGGUGUGUAUAUAUUCACCGCA